GAGCACCUCACGCACGCGCUCCCCUCCAAGCCCUAAACCCAUUCCCCACCACCAUGCGAGCCAUCGGCGCCGCCGCCGCCGCCGCGAGGCGGCACGCGCACCUCCCCACCUCCUACUCCGCCGCCUUCUCCUCCUUCUCCGGCAUCGGCGGCGGCGCCGGGCGCGGGCGUGGGCGCGGCCUCCCGCCCUCCGCGACGCCGCCGCGCGCCCCCGGUAGCCCCGUCCCGGACGACGACGACGGCGGCGGCGCGGAUCCCUUCUCCUCCCCGGCCCCCAUCGGCCGCGGCCGCGGGGAGGCCGUGAUCCCGUCGGUCUCGUCGCCGCCGCUUCCCGGCGCCGGCCGCGGCCGUGGAUCGCCGCCGCCCCUCGGUGAGGUCGCCCCCAAGCAACCGGUCCCCGCCAAGCUGUUCGACGCGCCGGCCGCCGAGGCCUCGUCCUCCGAGCCACCGCCACCGCCGCCGCCGCGCACGCUCCCUUCCGCUGGCGCUGGCCGCGGCGUGCCGCGGAUGCAGCAGCCGCCAGUGGAGAUGCCGCAGGAGGAGAACCGAUUCAUCCGACGCCGCGAGGAGAAGAAGAAGGCCGCGUCGGCGGCGCGUCCCGCUCCCAGCGGGCAGCCGAAGCUGUCGCCCGAGGACGCCGUGAAGCGCGCCAUGGAGCUCCUGGGCGGUGGCGGCGACGACGAUGGCGGGCGUGGCGGCAGGGGUCGUGGUGCCCGUGGUAGGGAGCGCGGGCGCGGCAGGGGACGUGAUGGCGGCCGCGGCCGCCGCUCUGCUGAUAUGGAGGAGAAGCAUGGGAUCUACUUGGGGGACAAUGCCGAUGGCGACAGACUCCAGAAGCGGCUCGGCGAGGACAAGAUGAAGAUUUUUAACGAAGCGUUUGAUGAGGCCGCAGAUAACGCGCUGCCAGACCCGAAGCAGGAUGCAUAUCUGGAGGCUUGUCACACCAAUAACAUGAUCGAGUUUGAGCCAGAGUAUCAUGUGAAUUUCAAUAAUCCAGAUAUCGAAGAGAAGCCACCUAUGUCAUUGGAGGAUAUGCUACAGAAGGUGAAGCCAUUCAUAGUUGCGUAUGAGGGCAUCCAGAACCAGGAGGAAUGGGAGGAAGCUGUGAAAGAUGUAAUGGCAAGGGCACCCCAUAUGAAGGAGCUGAUAGAUAUGUACAGUGGCCCUGAUGUUGUAACUGCAAAGCAACAAGAAGAAGAGCUGCAAAGAGUGGCCAACACUCUCCCAGGAAAUAUACCCUCUUCAGUAAAGCGGUUUACUGAUAAAACUCUACUGUCUCUUAAGAACAAUCCAGGCUGGGGUUUUGACAAGAAAUGCCAAUUCAUGGACAAGUUUGCUCGUGAAGUUUCAGAGCUAUACAAAUAGAAAACUCCCAUACACUGUUGUAAGAUCUCACUUAGCCCCAGGAAGAUUUUGUGGUUUAUUUUUUCUAUUUUGAGAAAAGUGAGGUUUUCUUUAGUCUGUGCACUUCUUUUCCUUUGUAUUGGUAUGCUAAUUAGAUAAAUAAAAUCACUGAUAAACAUGUACAUUUCUUUUGGGAGAUGUUUACUUGGGUGCUCUAGUAUGAGAUCUGCUAUGAUCUCAGCCCUUCAAUUCCUGGGCCAUCCAAACAACGCUGAUUGCAACUCCCCUACCCUUUUUGUUAAUAUUUUAAGUUCUUAAGGUGCUA